AUGUACGUGGAUAGCAACUGUGAACAUGAAUUCAAUUUCGACAGUGUAGAAACUUUGGACAGAGAAAACACAAACAAUAUCAGAGAAAUCCUAGAAACAUGGUAUUCAGGUCAUUCAGUCAGCAAUCAACAGAUGUAUAGACAUAGACCCAAUGUAUCAACCAAUGAGAAAAAUGAUAAACGACAGAAAGGUCAGAGGUCAAGCAGAGGAACAGCCAACAGGAAGAUCUAUACAAUCAGUGACACAACAAUCAAAGGAAACUACCAAUCACAAACCACUUCGUCAGAGCAAGCUACUAAAUCACUCACGGAGAGAUUUUGA